GUCCAUGGACGUUACACGUGCUGAAGGGCGAUCUCCCUCUGUCUUCUAAGUCAAAAUAGGUACUACCUACUUAAUAGAUCUACUUGAUAUGGCCUCCUUCAUUAUCGUCCAACCUCCUUGAAGGUGUAUGUACCUUUCCUACCACUUCUUCGCAUCAUUUUUAGGAUAUAUCAACCUUUGUAUAUAUUGUAUAUUAUCCAAUCAACACCUAUUCCUCAUCUCCGCAAAUCCUGUUCCUGUUUAACCCUGAACUUCUCAUCCGUUGGUAACCAAUAUCAAGGGGAGAUCUUCGCGGGGAAUGCUUGAUUGGCCCCGGCGAUCUACUACCUUGAUAUUGUACGUCACCGGUUACCGGGGUCUCUUCGUCGAAAUCAAUAUAUUCGAAUUGAUUUCUUCCAGAGCCAAGUCUCAAUUCGCUAAGGUAUCAGUCAGCUAUUCAUUUAUCAAAUCCAACUCUCAAGAAAAGGUCGAAGUUGGUAUUUACAACGAUACAAUUACGGACUAUAAUUUUCGACAAGGCUCUUGGAUCCUUACGGCUGUUGUCAGAUGAUGACCUACCUACUUACUAUUCUCCUCUACAAAGACACAUUAUCUGUGGCCCACUAACUGAUCUAUCUGUACUGGCGCAUCAACAUAGCCACAAGCAUCCGGAAUAGAUGACCAACUCUGCGCAAACACGAAAGCACGGUGCCAUGCCUCGAUGGCCAUGGGGUCGUGAUCAUCAGCGUGAUCCUCCAAGGGCCACGUCGUCACUCGUUGCUGUCCUCUUUUUAUCGUCGCUUGUCCCACAAAUAGGUGCUGUUGUGUACCCGAGCAACCAUGAGCGGUACAAAUUUGACUACCUGGGUCCCAACAGACAGUAUCUGGGGAUAAGCCGUCCUUUUACCAAGCGUGACAAUGCAAUUCCGCUAAUCGUUACCAACAACUGUGGAGAUACGCUAUGGCCUGGAAUUAGGACUCAGCAUGGCGAUCCUCCCGACUCUCACGGUUUCGAGCUUGCACCUGGCGAGACCAAAUACCAGACUGUUGGUCCGACGUGGCAAGGCAGGAUCUGGGGUCGUACGAACUGCACCACCAGCGGGGAUACGGCGACGUGUAAAACUGGAGACUGUUUUGGUAAACUAGAUUGCGAGUACGGUGGUGCUGUUCCCGUCACCCUUGCCGAAUUCAACCUUGCAGGCGGUGUCACAGGUACACAAACCUUCUACGACAUUUCACUUGUCGAUGGCUAUAAUCUGCCUAUAGGGGUAGUAUAUCACCCAGCAGAUAACACGACAUAUAUUCCACCAAAUCUCGUGAACCCCUCAUGUAUUGGAACGCCCGGGUAUCUCGCUGCCUUUAGUAAGACUGGGCUCACUUACACUAACUCAGCCUAUCCUAUGCCGUACGAGGAUAUACAGUCCAACGCGGAUCUCUCCAACUGGUGUCCCUGGGACCUCCAGGCCUUCCCGCCGGAGAAGCCCGGCGACGGCGUAUACCCGUACCCGGACGACAACCUAGAGCGUCCGGUUUUCGACCCGUGCAAGAGCGCAUGCGCGGCAGACAACGACCCGCAGGACUGCUGCACGGGCGACUACGACGACCCGUGGGUGUGCGAGCCGAGCCAGUACUCGUACAACGCCAAGGCUAUGUGCCCCGACGCGUACAGCUACGCUUUCGACGACCAGACCUCGACGUUUAUCAUCCCGAGCGGGGGCGGGUGGGAAGUCGUAUUCUGCCCGGCGGGGCGCAGCACCAACAUCCUGGCCACCUUCACAGACGAGCUGCAUUCCGUCGCGGCUAGCGGCCAGGUGACGAAUGAGACCAGGCUUAAGGCUAUGAAUAUAACGUAUAUCGAGUCUAAACAGAAGAGCGCCGCGGCGGCUGGGCUGAGGGUGUCUAGGGCCGGGAUGGGGGUUUUGCUUUUUGCUGGUUUGGUGGUUGGGGUUGUGGUGUUGUGAUUACCUUGGCCCUUUCAAGGGCAUAUCCGUUUUCGAAAGCCCUUGGACACGACGGGAAGGCUUGACAAAUAGGCUAUGACUUGGCGUUCAACGGUACGAUAGGAAGAUUUUCAUCAAGGUCAUGUUAUACCCACUAGAAAGGACUGAUGAGAAGAUGGCGAUGAGUCAUGAAUAAGGAAAUUGGAAUGGUUCGGAAGAUGAGCGAUCCGCUGGACUGGAGUGUAGACCAAGCCGGGCUGCUCUACGCUGAGGAGAGGGAAAUCCUGGGUUACUGGUGACCUAGAACUCGAGUAUACACAUACAACCUUCGAACAUACAUGUAUUCCUAGGUAGAUCAUUGAUACCCCCUUUUCCUAACAGAUACUGAUGGUUUGGGUUGACUUCAUGUGACUGUGAUAU